GGGCGCCCCCGGUUCCGGCGCGCUAGAGGCCCCGGGUGGUGAACGAGGCUCCGGCACCAUGUCUGGUUUGUCUGGCCCACUCUCCCGGCCUGGCCCUCGCCCGUCUGCGCUGCUCUUUCUCUUCCUGCUGGGCCCCAGCACGGUCCUCGCCAUCUCCUUCCAUCUGCCCGUGAACUCUCGCAAGUGUCUCCGCGAGGAGAUCCACAAGGACCUGCUGGUGACGGGCGCCUACGAGAUCACCGACCAGUCUGGGGGCGCCGGCGGCCUGCGCACCCACCUUAAGAUCACAGAUUCUGCUGGCCAUAUUCUAUAUGCCAAAGAGGAUGCAACUAAGGGGAAGUUUGCCUUUACCACGGAAGAUUAUGACAUGUUUGAAGUGUGUUUUGAGAGCAAGGGAACAGGGCGGAUACCUGACCAACUCGUGAUUCUAGACAUGAAGCAUGGAGUAGAGGCGAAAAAUUAUGAAGAGAUUGCAAAAGUUGAGAAACUGAAGCCAUUGGAGGUGGAGCUGCGACGCCUAGAGGACCUUUCCGAGUCGAUUGUUAAUGACUUUGCCUACAUGAAGAAGCGGGAAGAGGAGAUGCGGGACACCAAUGAGUCCACGAACACCCGCGUCCUGUACUUCAGCAUCUUCUCCAUGUUCUGCCUCAUCGGACUAGCCACCUGGCAGGUCUUCUACCUACGUCGCUUCUUCAAGGCCAAGAAGUUGAUAGAGUAACGAGGCUCGGUCUCCUGCCCCUGGCAUCGGCCAGCAGAACAUCGCUGGGACGUGCCUGGCCUGGCUCGAGGCCAUCCUACUAACAGUACCAUCAAGGCACAGUGGAGUUUUCUUGCCAGAACUGCUUUCUUUUGGUGUGGGAGAACAUGGGGCACCACCUACACCCAACAAGUCAAUGAGGACUUCUUUUGAAUGCGGUAGGAUUUGGACUGGUUUUUCGACAAGAUUAUUAAAGUCACCUACGGAAAAACAAAACAAAAACAGGGGUUACCUAGCUAAUGCCAAAGCCAGCACUGCCCUGGGUUUCCUCACUUGGUCCGUUGGAGCUGUUGGCUUUUCCCCCCCGCCUCGCUCAUCACCUUGGUCCUUCAUCGAGUUCUUCCCCAGUAUUUCUGUGACCAUGCUCAGCUUGUUUCACGCCAGGUGUCCUCUUCAGUUUCCCUGUGAAAACACCCUGAACUUUCUCUUGGCCCUUAGAUGAAAUGUUUACGUAGCUUCUGGUGAUAGCCUUCAUAAUUUUAUGUUUCCUAAAAGGGUCAUGGAUGGGACACAUAAAAAAGUGAGCUUUGAACUGUAGAUAAUCUCCUUAAAGAAAAUCUUGUUUUAGACAAUUAAAAUGUUUGUGUUCAACUGCUUGAACUCCUUGUGUAUGUGUUUAGUUCUGUCUGUCUGUCGCAUGUGAACCCAGUGAUCUUUUCAAGGUGGAGUAGUCCAGACGAGGUCUUCCACUGCCCUAUCUCUCUAUCUCAGCCACUCCCUUCUCAGCUUCGGGCUCCCUCCUCUGCUGCCAUGGCUGUGACUUUGUUCCUUCAUAUGGAAGUGGCAUGCAUCAUCAAGAGUGACCUUUGGAGGCUGACUUUCCACUCAGUGUCAUCCUGGUGAAAUGCCCCUCCAGGUCGUUGCAUGUAUGCUAGUUUGCUAGUUGUUACUCUUCCUUGCUAGUACUCCCCCAGGCUAUGGGGUACUGCAGUGUGCUUAAAGGUCACAUGGGUGGGUUUGGGCCUUUGGCCCUUAACCCGUGAGGUUCUUUGUGAAUGUAAGUUUUCAUCACUCUGCGAUGAUGCCUAAGAGGGCAGUUGCUAUGCUCUGUGGGAAGUAGUUCUUAGACUCCCUGCUCUGGUCUAGAGUGCUAUAGCAUGUUACAUUUCCACCUUCUCAUUAGUAUUUAUCCUUGUUGUUUUAACUUAGCCCCUUGAGUAGGUGCCCCUAAUAUCUCAUUAUGGUUUUAAUUUGCAUUUUCCUAAUGGCAGAUGGUGUUGACCAAUCUUUCAUGUACUGGUCAUUUACCAUCGGUAUGUCCUUGUCAAUGAGACGUCUGUUCAUGGCUUUUGCCCAGUUUCUGUUUGGGUCACUGUAGAGUUUUGUGUAGGCCUUCUAUCAGACAUGUGGUUGCUUACAUUUUUCACGUAACUUCUGCCAGGGAAAAAAUAAGUACAUUUUACCAGCCCUUCAUGCAUGGUCAAUCAACUGUCCUUAUUCUUGUCCUUAUAUGUCCUUAAUUCCUGUCCUAAUCUCUAGAAAAUUAGACAUAAGGAGUUUAAACAGACAUCUAGAAAAGUCAUAGAAAGGUAAAUACUUGAAAAUAUUUGUGUUGUAAAAGCAAAGCCAGGGUUCAGGCCGAGUCUAAUGUACAGAAGGGAUGUGGGGCUGGGAGUGUACCUCGUGGUGGAGCUUACCUAAGGUAUGGAAGGCUCUAGGGAAGGCUCUGGUCCCCAGCACUAGGGGAAAGCAGGUACAAAUGUUUGUAAACAGGAAAAAUACUCAUUUCUCGUCUGAUAUCUUUCCCUCUUCUCCCAGGAAAGCAGGUAGGAGUUCAUCCUCUCUGUAAUCCGUCAACCCUGCUGACCUGUUACAGGGCUUGUCUUAAUUGCUGUGCUUUCAUACAGGACUUAGAAACAUGUUGUUUGCAGUAAAGAAGUAGAAUAUUGAAAUGAUCAGAGAAUACUGUUAGUUGACCUGGAUGAAGUAUGAAGGUGAAAGGGAGUGAUUUAUGCUGUUAAAGUCUCAGGCUAUCCUUCCUGUUAAGGUUCCAGUUACUGUAAACUCAGAAGCCUUCUUUGUCUUAGGACUCCCAUAAAUUCCUCUUGCGGGGCAUAGUGUUCUCUGGUACAACACUGCCAUCUGCUGCUGAGAAGUGGUAGGUCUCGCUUCUGAGAACUUAGCGGUUGAGUCUUCACCAUAGCAACAGCAGAUGUUCAGGAAUCUGUAACAUUCAUAUAUCAAGUGAUAGAGGAACAAUUCAAGUAGGAAAAAAAAAUAGAGUUUUGGGUCGAAAUCCAUUAGUAGACUUUUAAAUGCCUAACAAGAGACUCCCAUUUCUGACUUGUGCCUUCCCCCCUCUUAAGGAGCAGUGAAAGCCACUCUGUGGUCAUGGUUUUCUGUUAUGAAGUGUGUCACAGAAGGUAGGCAAAAAGAGAAUAAGCAUUCUUGUCCAUAUUUUUUGUUUCCAAGUAGAGCUCUAAACUUAGCUUUGUAGAACUGAAAUUCCUUGAGUCCUUUUUUUUUUUGUUUUGAUUCAUGCCAAAAACAACCAACUUCGACAUCGUAAUUUCAGUUCAAAAGUGAAUUGAGGAGUGUUUGCCUUUGACAGCAGGCUCACAGGAAAGCACGUCAACUUGAUAAACAGGGACGUUACUGCUUCCCUCCAACAUUCUCAAAAUAACCUGAGAUUAAUGCAGUUUCAGCAGACCUCACUAGCUACCAUUUUCAUGACCCCAUCGGCGCCAUUCUUGUGUUGUUAAUGGAAGAGGCAUGUGGGAUCCAGACACGCUCACCUGUUGGAGAUCUUGGUGUAAACUUUGACAAAUAAAGGCUAGCAGAAACCA